AAAACAACAAGCACCGCUCCAGUCAGCAAACAUCCAUGAGCGGUGGUGAUGAGAAGACGGAUACGAGGCUCCAGUAGCACCGCAGUCCGCAGGAAACACGGAGGUAACGGGGAGUUGUCAAGAUACCACCGGGCACAACGGAAAACACGUUCAUUGGCGGGAAUUUACCGCUGAGGCGUCGGAUGGAUGAUGAGGAGGAGGACAUGUCACGGCCCAUCUCGCAGCUCUGGGGAACGUCCUUUGGGGACGUCAAAUUCGAAGACCGCGCCACACAGAUCACAGCCGGACAGGCCUUCGCCAGCCACGACAACAACAGCAUCAACGCGCUGCCCUGCGGCUUACACCGGCAGCCUCACAUACCCUUUCACGGCAACGCUGGAUUGCGCUCACAUUUUCCCGCUCAGUUUGAGCCCAUGGAGGACCGGGGAGAGAGGGAGGUUGAAGAGGAGGAGGAAGAGGGCAGAGGGGAAGACAAUGACAGAAUGGCGGAGCGGCCCGAGGAGCAGGCGGGGGUGAGCGUGGAGGCGCAGAUCGGUCGUAAACUUCGGGAGAUCGGAGACAAGUUUCACCAGGAUCACGUUGAACUGUUUAUGAGGCAUCAGAGACAAAACCUGCCUGUCUGGAUGCGCCUUACGAUGGCCCUGUUUGGCUUUUUGUUUCCAAGAGAGGCCCACGUCCCCCGUCUGAGAGGAGCGCAGAGAUGAAGGGACUUCCUGCCGGCCCUUUGCCUCGGAGUCGGACUUUAAGAGAUGGCAGUGUAAGAUGGAACACGGGUUUGGAUUUUGUUUUCUAAUUGAAUAUGAAGAUGAGAUGAAGAAGACACUGGUCACCGCUGGACGGAGACUGAUUACAAAUUUUUGUUUGUUCUGUUUUGUUUUGUUUUAUUUGAACUUUUUUUGUUUUUUUUUCUGCCUCUCAAAGAAGAAGCCAUUGUGUUUGAAGAGAUAUUUUCGAAAUAUUUGUAAGAUUACCUAUUUUGUACAGUAAACUGCUCUUUUUAUUUGGUAUUUCAAGUCUUGAAGGACCUCCAUCAGUCCGGGGAAUGCCUUAUUCUCUCCUGCCACAGUACAUACUCUUUUUGCAUCAAGAAAAAAUCGUUAGGAAAGAGAUCGCUUUUCAGAUUGGGCCCGUCUUUGGGUGACAGACUGUGGACAUUUCUGUGCAGAAGUUACUGAUUUAAAACCUUGAGGACUCGAGGCACACUUCUGAUUUAUUCUCUGAAACACAAUAAGCCCUGUACUUAUCCUUUAAUGCUCCACACUGGCUAAUUCAGACAUGGUCGUCGUGACAUUGUGGCGGUGUAAGAACACACCGUCAGUCGGUCUAGAUUUGUGUUUUUUUUUUUUUCAGCUUCCACGUAGACACGAAGACGUCGCAUCUUUUACGGCGUCAUCCAUCAGCAUCUCCGUCUCCAGAACCGCUCAUAUCGUUAGAGGUGAUCUUCCGGCCCGCUGCGUAGUAGAUUCAGACGCCGUUGAUUUAAAGCAUGUAUACUUGAAUUUAGGUGUGCUGAAGACACUCAGACCCGACGUUGUGAUUUCAGUUCGCGGGCCACGUGUUCGUCUGUUUGCAAAUCUCUGCAUUCACUUUGAAACCAAAUGAGCACAAAGUUGAACGAAUCUCACCCGGUGGGAUUUACAAUCAGGGAACCGGAAACAAUCAGACAGCUGAGAAGCUUUGGAGAAACGUCACCACUUUCCAAAGAGUUCCAGGAUUUACUCCUCUGGCUGAGUUGACAAUCGCAGUUUUAUUUGUUUGUUUGUUUGUUUGUUUUUGCCCCUUGCUGCAUUGUGGGUCGCCUGUGAAUGAGCAAUAUUCAAGCCAGUGGAAGGAGAUCAGACGGACAUUUCCCAGAAUGUUACCAACGUAAUACGCCGCAAUCUACGCAUUUCUUCUUUGUUACAGAAACGUUUUGGGGUCACAGAGAUGCAUUUUUAUUUGAUUUCACUCCAGGUGUAAAUGUCUGAAGCACUGAUUUGAACCCUGAUGUGCUCAAACGCGUUAGUUAUCUCAAAGCGCCGGUGGUACAUUCUGCUCCGCUUUAGUCAGGACAGCUUCUGUACAGUUUAAAUCCGUUUUUUAUUCACACGCCGACGCGUCCGGUCACACGUGAAGUGUGACGACACAGCCACUGUUCCUAAAUGUAAAGUCUUUAAGGACUUCAUAUGACGUUAAAAAUUCCUCAUUUGAUGUAUUAUUUCAGUCUGUUGUAGAUUCAUGAUAUGAACUUUGGAAGACACUGAUGCUUUUUUUCUGCUUUUAUGUUUUCUUCAGGGAGUAGUUAAUAACCGCGGUAAUUACCCGACACGUACUCUUGAGCUGGAUUUGAUAAAAAUCUGCUUUAGUCUUUCAUUCAUGCAAAGACGUUUCAUUCGACUUUUUGCAUUUUCCAAAGCGUUUUCACUCGACGCCGGCAUGGAAGUGUGUUACAGAUUGUCAGGUUGUUUUUUUUGUUUGUUUUUUUUUUAACUACAGGAGUAGCCAAACCAAAAGUUUGUUUCCUGCAAACACUGAACGCUGAGCCAAUUCAGAUAGUUGUGACACACUCUCUCUCAUCUCCAAAAGCUUCUUCGUCACGUUUAACUACUCCCUGUUUCUUAACGAGAACGAGUUUUGGUUUUCUUUGAGAUAAUUUAUUCUAAUUUAUUUUGUGUAUAUUUGCCCAGUGCUACUGUAUAGAUGCUAUCUCAGUGUGUACAGUCCUUUUCUUCUCAUUGUCGAGGUGCAUUGGGUUGCGUGUUUGAUGCCUGUGUGUGGGGAGGUUGGACUAAAGCCAUGUGCCUCGUGCGUUCUCACACGAAUGCUGUGAGUCUUUCACAAAUCACGUGGAGAAUAAAAAAAAAAAACAGACAAUCAAAUGUACAAAACGUGCCUUGUGAGGAACAGACCUGCCACAUCAUCAUCAUUAACACUUGGCAUAUUUACCCCAAAGUCACUGGUCACUGCUCUCGUUUCACUCGGGCUUUGUGAGAUCAAUACGCAAACAAAAAAAUGAUCUUUUUGAUUUCUCACAUCAGCUCACGAGGCACAGGCUCAACCUUUGACAUCUCUCAGCACGAACGGCGAGUUUCACCAUGCAAAACCUUCUCUUCAAUAUCAGAAACGACUGUUUGCAAUGUGCACUGUAAAAACAAAAAGCGACUAUUUUUUAUCUGUAUACUGUAUUUUGCGCCUCUCUCUUUCUACUCCUGUGCUGAACUUCCCCUCUAGAUUUCUUGAAACCUUUUUGAGAUCUGUAAUAUGCUGGAUCGGCCCGGCUCGUCUGGGUUUUUGUGCUUUAUUAUCUACAAUCUAGUAGGGCUGCGGGUUUGCGUUUGAAGGAGGAAUGAGCCACCACGGUGCCCAGUAUUAUUUGAGAAGGGUUGAACGGCCACUCAGCCGGUGUGGGGUUGAUCUGAGCCUGUCGUUACCAACCACUGUUGCAACCUUGACUCAAGUGAAAACAUUUGUUCUACGUUCAACCUUCAGUGUCUUUGCUAUCAAAUUUUUUCAAUCGGUUUUUGAAUAAUCAAGAAAAGAGUGCAUCUUUACUGUCAAGUGCUGUGAUUUGGUGUUUUUAUACAUUAGACAUGAAUUUGACACAGCUGUCGUUGCUAUCUUUAUAAGAAAACCUUUUAGCUAAAUUUUUUCCAUACCUUUUUGUAAGAAGACGACGACGAAAGAACUACAACUCGACUUUUUUGCUUUUUCUAUGAUUGCUUUUUUUUCAAUGUUGUGGCUUUUUUUUUUUUAUCUUAAAAUUUCGGAUAUUGCCAAGUCUGCUGUGUCACUCUCAGUUCAAGGGCUUUUUUCAAUAUAUGUAAAUGGAGUAAAAAUGCAUGUCCAACAUUCCUGGAAAAAAAAUCUGUAUCCUAAGGAUUUGAAUGUAAUUUAAUGGAGUGAAAAACCACAAUAUCUCUUUGAAUACGUGAAAUGAAACAGUGGAACUUAUUUCAGACGUUGCUUUCUUUACGUUCAGAGUGGUCUCAAGGAUUUCACAUUCAUGUGUCCUAUGAAGUGAGACCCAGUCCAGAUGUAGCAGUUUUUUGAUAAAGCAUUGGCUGUGUUAUCUUUGGGACUGCUCUGUUUCUCCUGCACAGUCUUCAGACGGCGCAGGACGUUGGAGCGAUGGAGGGGUUUGGAGGAGGACCGGGAGGGAUGUUUGUUCUUUUUCUAGUGCAAUAUGCUGUACAUAAGAGCUUGGCUCACACAAAUCUUACAAAUUCUCUUAAUUUUUUUGUUGUUCAAUGGGUACAUCGCUUUUUUUUUGUUUGUUUUUUCAUUAAAACUUUAUGGACAAUUCA